AUGAAUAAGAUUACUGUAUUUCUGAUCCUUUUCAUUAUCGCUCAUGUCUGUUUCAGUGGAAAGAUAAGCGGAUACGACGACGUACCAUUGAAUAAUCGUAAAGUCCAGGUGAGUAUUGUCUUGAAAUAAGAGAAGAAGAAAUUUUGUCAUAAUUUUUUGCAAACUGGGUCUGAGGCAGGCAUAAAUAACUUUUAUCAGAGCUGGAAAUGUAGCAUGUUAGGUCGAUUUUUGUCGCAGAGCAGAAGUGGGUUACGCCAGGGGCCCACGUUGACCACGAUUUUUGCAUAAGACCAUCAGUUUUUAUAACAUAAAGAAAAUAGGAAAACUUGUUUCAGAAGCUCGUGAAAAACGGCAUAAAGCGGUACGAAAAGGAAUGCAAGUGCAAGGUCUCUCUUGAAAAAAUUGUUAGUGCCAAACGGAAGAACAAAGGAAAGGAGUACAAGCUCAAGUUCUAUGUGGUAGAAAAGCUCGAGCCGAUGAGCCAAAGGAUUUAUCUCAGCGACGUCAUUCGCAUCCGUAAGAAGAAAGAAAACCAUAAAGUUAAAAUUAUUAAAGCUGUGUACAUUUUCUAA